UGAGAUGGAAGCACUCCCUGAGGCGUCACAGCUGCCCGUGGCAGUGCAGGAGAUCAAAGAAGAGGAGCUACACUACGACCUCCUGCUCCAGCACAAUCUGCUUCCUGUCCAGAAAGAGGAGCUACACUACGAUCUCCUGCUCCAGCACAAUCUGCUUCCUGUCCAGAAAGAGGAGGACAUUCCAGAACCGGAUCAUAAUACGGAAGAAGAAAAAGGUUCAGCACUGGGGAAGAGUGAGGAAGAGGACUUUCCUUUGUUUAGUGAGGAAGAGGACUCUGCUUUAACAGAAUAUAAGCACAAUGACUCUUUUCCUUCCGGAGAAACUCAGAGGAUCCAACUGGGGAACACUGAGGACGGCACAACCAAAAAGAGGCGGGGCCGACCUCCAGGCAGCAAAAACAGAAAGAGGCAGGACACCAGAGCGAAGCUUCACGAAUGCCCCCAGUGUUCCAAACCCUUCGUUGGACAUCAGGCUCUAACACUCCAUCUACAGGAACACAUGGCAGCAAAGCUGCACCCUUGCAGUGCAUGUGCGUGGAGUUUUAGAACGAAGCGAGAUCUCAUCCGCCAUCAGCUCACUCAUACGGGAGAGAAGCCCCACAGGUGCUGUGAGUGUGGCAAUGCCUUCAGGCGGCUGCACCAUCUGAAGAGUCACCAGAUGACCCACACAGGAGAGAAGCCGUAUGAGUGCAACAGAUGUGGACAGGCUUUCCGUCGACGCACACACCUCACUCGACAUCAGCAGGAAUCAUGCGGGGGAAGCCAUCAUGAGCAUGGACUGGCUAGCGGUCAUGAGUCUGUACAGGCUAGCGAUCAAAAGCUGCAACAUCAAGAGUGUGGACUGGCUAGCGGUCAUGAGCAUGGACUGGCUAGCGGUCAUGAGUCUGUACAGGCUAGCGAUCAAAAGCUGCAACAUCAAGAGUGUGGACAGGCUAGCCAUCAUGAGUGUGGACAGGCUAGCCAUCAUGAGUGUGGACAGGCUAGCGGUCAUGAGUGUGGACUGGCUAGCGGUCAUGAGUGUGGACUGGCUAGCGGUCAUGAGUCUGUACAGGCUAGCGAUCAAAAGCUGCAACAUCAAGAGUGUGGACUGGCUAGCGGUAAUGAGUGUGGACAGGCUAGCGGUCAUGAGUGUGGACAGGCUAGCGAUCAAAAGCUGCAACAUCAAGAGUGUGGACUGGCUAGCGGUAAUGAGUGUGGACAGGCUAGCGGUCAUGAGUGUGGACUGGCUAGCGGUCAUGAGUGUGGACAGGCUAGCGGUCAUGAGCAUGGACAGGCUAGCGGUCAAAAGCUGCAACAUCAAGAGGAAGACUCUGCUUUAAUAGAAUAUACGCACAAUGACUCUUCUCCUUCCGGAGAAACUCAGAGGAUCCAACUGGGGAACACUGAGGACGGCACAAGCAAAAAGAGGCGGGGCCGACCUCCGGGCAGCAAAAACAGAAAGAGGCGGAGCAGCCACCUGGUAAGCAAAAAGGGGCGGGGUCGCCCCCCAGGCAGGAAGUCCGGCCAGCAGGACACCAGAGCGAAGCUUCACGAAUGCCCCCAGUGUUCCAAACCCCUCGCUGGACAUCAGGCUCCAACAGCCCACACAUGUCAUGAGCGGCAAUACGGAAGAGGCCAGAGGUUGCGCAAUAGACCGUUUCCGUGCUCUCUGUGUGGACGGACGUUUGGUCAGAAGUGUGCGCUCAGCACGCAUCACAAGAGCCACUCAGGAGAAAGGCAGUUCCCAUGCAGCACGUGUGGGAAGUGCUUCCUGACCAAUAGAGAUCUCGUUCGCCACCAGCUCACACACACGGGGGAACGGUCACAUCAGUGCGCUGUGUGUGGGAAGCUCUUCAGUCGGAAGGAUCGGCUCAAGACGCACCAGCAGAUCCACACGGGCGAGAAGCCUCAUGAGUGUUCCACGUGCGGGAGGAGGUUCCGUGAUAAAGAUCACCUCGCGCGGCACCAGCUCACUCACGCCGUCAAGUCGUACCCGUGUCCGCAGUGCCCACAGGUCUUCCAGCGCAGGUGCGAGCUCACACUGCAUGGAGACACACACCGCGUGACGCCUCUCGAGUGCCCUCAGUGUGGAAAGACCUUCACUCAGAGUCUCAAAUUCAAGAGACACCUGUGGCUCCACGGGAGGGGGGAUCCAUUUCAGUGCAGCACGUGUGGGAAAGCGUUCCAGUGCAACGCACAUCUCACUGCUCACCAGCUCACACACUCGGGCGAGAGGCCCUACAUGUGCUCUCUGUGCGGCAAGACGUUCGGCCGCAUGAACAGCCUCACCAAGCACCAGCACACACACACGGGGGAGAAACCGUACCAGUGCGCCACCUGUGGGCGGGGCUUCUCCCGGAGGUCAGAGGUCAAGCGGCACCAGCUGACCCACACGGGGGAGAAACCCCACCGCUGCUCGGCGUGCGGGAAACACUUCAGCCGCAAACACCUGCUGAAGAGACACGAGAUGAUCCACACCGGAGAGAGACCGCACCGCUGCACCAUAUGUGGGAGGGGCUUCAUUGGCAAGUCCGAUCUCACCCGACAUCUAAACACACAUACUAAAUAAAGACCUCACCGCUGCACCAUAUGUGGGAGGGGCUUCAUUGGCAAGUCCGAUCUCACCCGACAUCUAAACACACAUACUAAAUAAAGACCUCACCGCUGCACCAUAUGUGGGAGGGGCUUCAUUGGCAAGUCCGAUCUCACCCGACAUCUAAACACACAUACUAAAUAAAGACCUCACCGCUGCACCAUAUGUGGGAGGGGCUUCAUUGGCAAGUCCGAUCUCACCCGACAUCUAAACACACAUACUAAAUAAAGACCUCACCGCUGCACCAUAUGUGGGAGGGGCUUCAUUGGCAAGUCCGAUCUCACCCGACAUCUAAACACACAUACUAAAUAAAGACCUCACCGCUGCACCAUAUGUGGGAGGGGCUUCAUUGGCAAGUCCGAUCUCACCCGACAUCUAAACACACAUACUAAAUAAAGACCUCACCGCUGCACCAUAUGUGGGAGGGGCUUCAUUGGCAAGUCCGAUCUCACUCAACAUCUAAACACACAUACUAAAUAAAGACAUCACCGCUGCACCAUAUGUGGGAGGGGCUUCAUUGGCAAGUCCGAUCUCACCUGACAUCUAAACACACAUACUAAGUAAAGUCCUCAUCAGUGUACUAUAUCUCAUCUAAACACACAUACUAAAUAAAGACCUCAUCAGUGUACUAUAUCUCAUCUAAACACACAUACUAAAUAAAGACCUCAUCAGUGUACUAUAUCUCAUCUAAACACACAUACUAAAUAAAGUCCUCAUCAGUGUACUAUAUCUCAUCUAAACACACAUACUAAAUAAAGUCCUCAUCAGUGUACUAUAUCUCAUCUAAACACACAUACUAAAUAAAGUCCUCAUCAGUGUACUAUAUCUCAUCUAAACACACAUACUAAAUAAAGACCUCAUCAGUAUGCUUCAUGGGAAUCCACACCAAGGAAAAGCCUCAUCACAGUUUUUUGAAAUAGAUGUUUUCUAAGGGACACAAGAAAAAAUCAACAAGUUUACUAUUUUUUGCUUUCUGAUGAUACAAAUUCUUUGUCAGUGUUGAAAAGGAGGUCUGGGACAGUUAUGUCAUUGGUAACUGACAUGGUUCAAUCUGAAUUCAUGAGUCGAUUAAAGUUUGAAUCGC